AUGCAGUGUUACUCUUGUUGGCAGCAAUGCCACAGCCACAGCAUAUUCAGUACAUCUACGGUGAAAACGUCGGUUCCACAUCGGUUCUUGGAGGUAGCAAUUUAUCGGCCCCGGCAGCAUGCGGUCGUGGCUCGUGCUACAAACAUCUCCGUCGGAAAAAGUAAAUCUGCAUUGCCAAUUGGGAAGCUGUACACUUAUUCAUCAUCACCGAAGCCACUGAUUGAUGCGGUUACACGCUUCAAGAUUAAUGUUAGACCCUCCCCUGAAUUUGGCCUUAUUUCUCUCCUAUUUGUCCUCUCAAUGGCUAUAGGAGCAGUUUUGAGCUUGGCCAUAAUUGCUAUUCCUGCUAUGUUUAAUCUCAGAAGAUUGGCUACUUCAAUGGACAAACUAUCUGGUUUGGUCUCAAAAGAGGUGCCAGGAACCUUGUUAUCGCUCAAACUGUCCUGCCUUGAGAUCAAAGAAUUUACACAACAACUUAGCGUUCUCAGGCGAAGGAUAUCCGGGAGUCUUCGUGCAAAGAAAGAUAAGAAGCAAUAA